AUUUGCCUGUGGAGAGUGAAAAGGGUCCCAAUAGCAGCAUACAAGAGAGAGCAAAAAGCUUUCCCAAUCUAUGGCUUUUUCCUAAAAAUGGUGUGUGAGUAAAGUAGUGUUAUUGCUCUGGCGGUUGCAUCAAACAGAAGCGGGGCCCAAUUCCUUCGUUGCAUCUACCCAGCCUGCGUCUUCUUUGUUGUCCCUUUUCCGAAAUCCGAUACCUUUAUCAAUAACUCUUCAGUCUCUGAUUUCCGGAUAAACCAUGUCCAAAGCUCGAGUAUACACCGAUAUCAAUGUGCUUCGUCCUAGGGAAUAUUGGGAUUACGAAUCGCUAACUGUUCAAUGGGGUGAUCAGGAUGACUAUGAGGUUGUUCGAAAAGUUGGAAGAGGAAAAUACAGUGAAGUUUUUGAAGGUAUAAAUGUUAACAGCAGGGAGAAGUGCAUAAUCAAGAUCCUGAAACCUGUUAAGAAGAAAAAGAUCAAAAGAGAGAUAAAGAUAUUGCAAAAUCUCUGUGGUGGACCAAAUAUUGUCAAACUCCUUGAUAUCGUCAGAGAUCAGCAUUCAAAAACUCCAAGCUUGAUUUUUGAGUACGUGAACAGCACAGAUUUCAAGGUUUUGUACCCAACGCUAACAGACUAUGACAUACGGUACUACAUAUAUGAGCUUCUCAAGGCACUAGAUUAUUGCCAUUCACAGGGAAUAAUGCACAGGGAUGUCAAACCUCAUAACGUUAUGAUAGACCAUGAACUGCGGAAGCUUCGCUUGAUAGAUUGGGGUCUUGCCGAAUUUUACCACCCAGGGAAGGAAUAUAAUGUUCGUGUGGCUUCAAGAUACUUCAAGGGCCCUGAACUUCUAGUUGACUUGCAAGACUAUGACUAUUCUUUGGACAUGUGGAGCCUUGGCUGCAUGUUUGCAGGAAUGAUUUUCCGCAAGGAACCUUUCUUUUAUGGCCAUGAUAAUCAGGAUCAGCUCGUCAAAAUUGCAAAGGUACUUGGGACAGAUGAGUUGAAUGCGUACUUGCACAAGUAUCAACUAGAGCUUGAUCCUCAGCUAGAGGCUAUGGUUGGGAGACACAGUAGGAAGCCGUGGUCCAAAUUUAUUAAUGCAGACAAUCAGCAUCUAGUGUCACCGGAGGCUAUAGAUUAUCUUGACAAGCUUCUCCGUUACGAUCAUCAGACUAGACUUACGGCAAAAGAAGCAAUGGCCCAUCCAUAUUUCGGGCAAGUGAGGGCUGCUGAAACUAGCAGAAUGAGGACACAGUAGCUUUCUUGUCUUGCUGUUAAUGGGAAGAAAAAAAACUGUGUAAUGUACCUUGUGUAUCCAUUUAAGUGACAUUCGUGAGAACUAUGUGGAUUUGAACUUGAGCAGACAUCUGAAUUCAGGAAUUACAGAUCUUCAUCAUUGAACAUUUCAAGAGAAAUAGUGUUUUUUAGAUUUCCUGA